AUGAUUAAAACCACGACCUCGUUGCUUUCUGGCACCAACACCAAGAAAAACCUGGAAGAGCGAGCCAGCAAACUGCUGGAAAAAACCCUGGAUGCAUCUCAGCUCAACUCCUCCCAGGUGGCGCAACUGGUGUCGGAACUGGAGAAACUUCUAGACGCGCCGACCAUAUCGCGAAGUUUGGCCGAGAAAAUCAUCGGAAGUGUGAGCAACCUGAUGGACGGCCAUCCUUUUGCGCUUGCCGCAUCUUGCAACAGGCUUGUUAGCCUAGUGGAGGACUUGAGUCUCAAACUGCUGGUUGGAGACGUCCCUGCCAUUCUCUCGUCCGAUUCGCUGGUUCUGGCUGUCCGCAAAGUGGACGGGAACGAUUUUCCAGAGAUGUCGCUUAAUAUCUUCGACACUGACGAUGUUCAGAUGAACGGUCCCAUCAGCGCUAGGAAGUGGGAUUCUAGCAUGGCUUCUGUCUAUCUGCCAUCCUCUAUAACGGAGGGCAUGAGCGACGAACAGAAAAAGCAGAUCGACAGGGUCCAGUUCACCUUCUAUACAAAACCUGUCCUCUUCCAGGACCGAACUAUGACCAAUCAAACUGCAGUCAGUCCCGUGCUAGCGUCCAGCGUUAGCAACAUGUCGAUAAGCAACCUGAGCGACAACAUUCGCUUUACCAUACGGAAUAUUUGACCGUCACAGGCAAACCAUGAGGCGGUUUGUGUCUUUUGGGACUUUGACGUGAACGUGGGUGCAGGUGGUUGGAGCUCAGACGGCUGCUUUGUGGUGAGCGCCACCUGGUGGGGGACUACAUGUAGCUGCAACCACCUCACUUCUUUUGCCAUACUACUGGACCUCUCCAGAGGCGGGAUUAACAACUACCGCCAGGCCCAGAUUCUCACCUUCGUCACAUACAUCGGCUGCGGACUUUCCUCCAUUUUCCUAGCCGCUACCUUGCUGACAUACCUUUCAUUUGCGAAGUUACUUCGUGACAUUCCCGCCAAAAUCCUGGUCCAGCUCUGCUUCUCGCUCCUCCUCCUCAACCUAGCGUAUCUCCUCAACGGUUGGCUAGCUCGAUACCCGGCCCGCGGACUUUGCAUCAGCACAGCCUUCUUCCUGCACUACUUUCUGCUUACGUCCUUCACGUGGGCGGGGCUCGAAGCCCUGCACAUGUACUUGAGCAUCGUACGGGUGUUCACGCCGUACCUCAGCAGAUACAUGCUAAAAUUCUCACUAAUCGGCUGGGGGGCUCCGGUUGUGGUGGUGGUUAUCGUUAUCUCGGUGGACAAAGACAACUACGGUCUGGUUUCUUAUGGACGAUACGCGGACGGCGCUUCAGGUGACUUCUGCUGGCUACGUAGCGACGUAGCAUUCUACGUGGGUGUCGUAGCCUACUUCCUGGCGGUGUUCUUUUCGUGCCUGCUGGUCUUCGUCGUGGUCAUGGCGCAGCUGUGGCGCAUCAAGAAGCAGAACCCACAUAACCAGUCGCCUCAACGCGGACUGGUGGCCGACUUAAGAAGCGUCGCUGGGCUAGUGGCGCUGCUUGGACUAGCGUGGGGAUUCGCGCUGUUCGCGUGGGGGCCGCUCCACUUGCCUUUUGUGUACCUCUUCACCGUUUUCAACUCACUGCAAGGUUUUUUUGUCUUUGUUUUCCACUGUGCCUGCAAGGAGAACGUCCGCAGGCAGUGGAGAACGUACUUGUGCUGCGGGAAUUUGAGAUUGGCUGAAAAUUCAGAAUGGAGUCGUACAGCCACUCGGGAGAACCGCAACUUCUCCGCGGUGACAUCGGCCCGCCAGCUUGCUUCUCGGAGUUCCUCGCUUAUCAGCAACAGCACCAAUAGUAGCAGUUCAGUUUUUGCUGAUAGCGGAAUGUCGGAAGGUUCUGGCAGCGACGUGAUCCUCAACGAGAUUCACAGACAGACUACCGAAAUUUUCGAUGCUUCCACUCAAUAG